AUGACGGAUGCUCCCGACGAUCACUUGCAAUAUGAUGUGGAGAGAGAGCAGCAACGUGGUAAAUUUGAAAAGUAUGCGGAUGAAAGCUCGGAUGAAGACCCUGAAGAGGAAAAACGAAAGGAAGAAGAAUUCCGACUUGAACGUGAACGACAAAGGAAGAGAUAUGUUGCUGAACAAAAGGCGAGCAAAGCGAAACAGCAGCAACUGCUAGAUACCAGUGAUAAUUAUGUUUCACCCUCUCGACGUCGUAACCCCACUCCAUCCGGACGUUCAUCUGGUAGAAGCACACCUCAAUCUCCCAAUCCGAACAUCCCCCAGGCUGUCUCUCCAAAGCCGGCCACACCUACUAAACAACGAGCAAAGCGAAGGGUCGUGGAAGCUAGCAGAGGUCAAGUUGAUAGUGCAAAUGACCAUAAGCAACGGGGCAAUGAUUUCUUCAAAUUGGGCCAGUACUCUGAGGCGGAGCAAGCUUAUUCGCAAGCCAUCAUGCAAUUGCCUGAACGACAUGACCACCUUAUUAUUUUACACAACAACCGAGCGGCAGCAUUUUUCAAAAAUGGCGAAUAUAAGCGUGCUGUGGAAGAUUCCAAUAUUGUAGUCCAAUUGAUUGGAAACGAUCAUGUGGAUGACACUUCUGUUCAUAACAUCCAAGGGGCUAGUAUCUCGAUGCGCGAUCAAGCUGUCAAGGCACUUCUUCGAAAGGCUCAGGCGCUGGAGAAUAUGGAGAAAUUUGCGGAUGCCAUUACCGAAUACAAUAUGCUGACCAAAAUAGACGGCGGUAAAAACACAAGCCAAAUCCAUCAAGGCCUUGCUCGAUGUCGCAAAUCGAUCAGCGGUGCACACAAAGCGGAAACUGAAUCUAGACAGAAGGCACCUGUCAGCAAUGGACACUCCACCACAUCCAAUCCUUUCAGCGUUGAUUUCGAUCCCAUCAGUGCAACAGCCGCCCCGGUCAGUGCCAAAGCAUCCAAAGUGGAUGUGGACAAAUCGGAGGCAGUCAAACAGAUGCGUGCCAAAGCAGCUCUACAAGAUGCUGAGGAAGAACAAAGACUCAAGGUGGUGGACGAUGUUGAUAGACGACUGGUUGCUUGGAAGAGUGGAAAAGAGAAGAACUUGAGAGCUCUGUUAGCCAGUCUUGACACUGUCUUGUGGCCCGAAGCAACUUGGAAAGGAGCUAAUAUGAGCGAGCUUAUUGAUCCUAAGCGAUGUAAGAUAACGUACAUGAAGGCCAUUGCCAAAGUGCAUCCAGACAAGCUUGGCUCAACUGUGACAGUAGAACAAAAAAUGCUAGCAAGUGGCAUCUUUGGUACUCUAAACGAAGCUUGGGAUAUGUUCAAGACUCAAAAUGGAUUGUAA